GAGGCACCUCUUCUUGCUACGCGCACGAAUUCUUUGUAUGCCUUAUUACCUUAUCCAACCGUUAGUCUUAUAGAAUCCAACAUUACAUAAAGAGGAGAAAAGCAAGAACUACGCUCCCAACAUUUAAUACCAUCAUCAUUUUCCCACCCCUUCAACGCCUCCACUCUCUAUAACUUCCACACUCUAUAAGAUCCAGAAGAAUGACAAACUCCAAAGCAGGGAGUUAGAGAGAGAGAGAUAGAGGUGGAGAGAGAUGAACUUCUUUGUUUUCAGUCUCUUUGUUGUGGCUUGUUGCAGGGUCUUGAGCUGUCAGGGAACCCAGAUGCAGUACAAGGACUUCAUUUCUUGGGAUGACUUCAGUGCAGAGAAUUACUCUGGGAACAACAAUUUUAAGGACGGGGCUCACAAUCGGGUCAUCUUGGUGUCGAAGGAUGGGAGUGGAGAUUCGAGGACGGUGCAGGGAGCGGUGAAUAUGAUUCCAGAUGGUAAUAAGGAAAGAGUGAAAAUAUUUAUUUCUCCAGGAGUGUAUAGAGAGAAGGUGAUCAUUCCCAUGAGAAAGCCUUAUAUUUCAUUCAUUGCGACUGGGAGCUCUCAAACUGUUAUCUCCUGGCAUUCGAGGGCAUCUGAUCGAGGUCCCAAUGGCCAGACGGUUGGGACCUUUUACUCUGCAUCAGUUGCCGUAGAAUCUGAUUACUUCUGCGCAAAAGGAAUUACUUUUGAGAACACAGCACAAGGUGCAGGUCCAGGUGCAAUAGGAAUGCAAGCAGUGGCGUUGAGACUGUCCGGGGACAAGGCCAUGUUAUAUAGAUGCAGGAUUUUGGGAUCUCAAGACACACUUUUUGAUCAUAUGGGCAGGCAUUAUUUCUUGGAAUGCUACGUCCAAGGAUCCAUUGAUUUCAUAUUUGGAAAUGCAAGAUCUUUGUAUCAGGGCUGCAGACUUCAUGCAGUUGCAAUGAGCUAUGGAGCAGUCGCAGCUUCUCAGAGGAAUUCACCAAAGGAUGAUUCCGGGUUCUCUUUCCUGGACUGUAGGCUGGAUGGCUCUGGGAUUCUCUACUUGGGGAGAGCUUGGGGAAGGUAUGCAAGAGUGGUCUAUUCCUACUGCCAACUGGAAGGCAUCAUUAUCCCUGAAGGAUGGAGUGACUGGGGAGAUCCAUCAAGAACAAGGACGGCCUGGUUUGGAGAGUUCAAUUGCAGUGGUAAGGGUGCCAAUUUGAGAGAGAGAGUACAAUGGGCAAGAUCACUCAACUACAACGAAGCACGCCCUUUCCUGGAUCAGAAUUACAUCGAUGGCGAUCAAUGGCUUCGAUUGUAGCCUUUUUCUAAACUGAUCUUAUAAUAUCCCUGAAGUGUAUUUACCAAGUCCAUACCGACCGAUGAUGAUGGUUACAAUCAACGAAAUCACAUAUCAGUCAUCAUGCUGCCAUCUUUUGCUGGCAUCAACAAAGGCACUUCACAAUCUCAUGGGACAAAGUCCACCGAUUCAGUGUGAUAAACAAAAGCUCAUCAUGGUUCUGUUAAGUGUCAACCAUUUCAAUCAGAGUU